CUUCUCUCUCAUUUAUGUGGUUUUUGAUAGUUUUGUGAGAGAGAGAGAGAGGAUUGUGGAUCGUCAGACGAAGAAAAACGCAGAAGCAAAGAUGGCGGCCCCUGAAGCUCCUCUUUGCUACGUCGGAGUCGCCAGAAAGUCCGCCGCUUUUCGCCUCAUGAAGCAAAUGGGGUGGGAAGAAGGCGAAGGGCUUGGGAAAGACAAUCAAGGGAUCAAAGGGCACGUCAGGGUCAAGAACAAACAGGACACUGCAGGCAUUGGUGUGGAUGAGGCCAAAAAGAAUUGGGCAUUCGAUACAACGCAGUUUGACAACAUCCUUAAGAGAUUGAAAGUGCAAUCAACAGAAAUCAAUGAUGAAGCUGUUCAAAAGGAUGACGGUCAAGAGGAUGACACUGACAUAGGCACACAAUCUAAUGUAUCUAAAGACAGUAAGGAGGAUACAGUGGUGAAGGCUACUCGGCCCCAAGGAAGGUACAAGAAAAGGGAGAGAGGGAAAUUUGUUCGGACAUAUUCUUCUAAGGAUCUUGAAGGAAUACUUGUCAAAAAAGUCGAGGAAUGCCCACAGACAAACUAUAAUGAGGACAGUGUAUUGGAGUUGGUGGAAGAAUCUGCAAAUCACGUUUUUGAUGUUGAAGGAAAUGAAAGCAAAGAUGUUUCACCAAACUGGUGGGGCUAUAAAUCUGGGUUUGUGUCAGGAGGUUAUCUUGGAGCCGAAUCCAGGAGAAAGAAAUCCCUCCCUACUGAAAAUGGUCAAAAUUCUUGGAACAGGGUUGCUUUUCACGAAGAAGAUCAAGAAAAUAUUUACAAACUCGUCCAAGAUAAAGCGACAUCUGGAAAACAAGGACUUGGCAUAAAGGACCGGCCAAGGAAAAUAGCUGGUUGCCACUAUCAGGGGAAAAAGACAUCAUUUGAUGACAGUGCUGAUGAGGGUUCUGCUGAUUCUUCAAAGAAACAAAAAUAUGGUGACAUUUCAGAGAUGGAAAACAAAGAUGAAUCAAAGGUUAAGCUAAAAAAGCUGUGUAGGAAGCUUCUUCGUCAGGUACCUGGUGAGUCAUUAAAGCUUAAACAGCUCAAAGUUCUCAUUGAUGAACACUUCUCUGUUUUUUCCAAUUUCUCCUCCAAAAGAGAUGCGCUCGCAUUCUUGAAAAGAAAGCUAGAAGGCAGUGACAAGUUUUCUGUGGAGGCUUUGAUUGAAAAGAGAGUUUGUCUUUCAUCAAAGAGAGGCAAUUAGGUUUUUUGCUAGGAUUUUUAGAUGCCUGUAACAGUAUGUACAUUGCAGCUGAGACUAGUUAAAUUCGGCUUUUAUUUAUUUUUAAUUGGGUUUCUUGAAGAGGUUAGAAGCAUUCAUUUCACUUCUGAUUCAUUUGGUUCAGCCAAGUUUUGAAUCUGGUGCAGUUAAGCGAGACAAAAUAAAUUAAUGGGUAUGGAAUAUAGUGUUGUUUGGAUGUGGGGAUUGUAUUGCUGGUGGCUGUACUUGUGACAGGUCUUUUUCAUUACAGUAAUAUAUGAGAUGGGAUGAAUGGGUCAUUAGGUCUCUUAAGACAUGUUUAAGAAGUGCUUUUUCAA